UACCAAUACUAUCAUCGCCUCACAACUGUUUAUUUACAUGGAGGUUGCAACGUGAUAUUACUGUUACUCCUCAUGGAAAAAUGGAAAUUUUGACUUAAAAGUAUGCUACAUUGGAUGUUAGAUGGAGGCCGAAAAUACAGAACCACACUAUGUUCUCACAGGCAAGGUUGACAAUGUUAAGAAUCUAACUCAGCUCAUAAAAUGCAUCAAUUUUAAAGAAGUAGCUGUUUUCUUUGCAAGCAAAAAUGGAAUAAAAAUAGUGGUCGAAGACUCAAAAUGCGUCCAAGCUUCAGCAUUCAUUGGUACUGACAUAUUUACAGAAUUUACAAUAAAUGAGGAGCUGGUAAGUUUCCGCCUGGAUAUCAAUGUGUUGCUGGAAUGUUUGUCUAUGUUUGACCAAGGAAGUAAUCAAGCAUCUUUGAACUUGUACUAUCGUGAUCAUGGUUUUCCACUGAGGCUUGUACUUGUAGAAGAAGAUGUUGUUACUGACUGUUCAAUCAAAACGUUAGAGGCUCUUGAAAUUCUUCACUUUGACCCCCCAGGUGAAAGGGUCUAUAACAAGAUGAUAGCUGAUGGAAGCGGUCUGAAGGAAUUUUUUGCUGACUUGGACAGCGGCUCAGAAUACCUGGACAUUCAAAUGUCAAAAACCCAGCCCAACUUCAUCAUCAGAACAGAGAGCACUGCAGGGCGUUGUGAGGCGAGUGUAAGUCAGGAUGCCGAGUGGAUCGAAGAAUUUGUCUCGCACGGACAAUCCUUGAGCAGGUUUAAACUGACACAGUUCAAGCCUGCUAUUAAGACUAUUCAGGCAGCAAAAAAAGUAUCGUUCCAACUAUCCAGAGAAGGUCUCUUGUGUUUGCAGUUUGUCAUAAUGACUGAAAGCAAGCAGCUCUGUUAUAUUGAGUAUUACUGUACCCCUGUGAUCAUCGACGAUGAUGACGAUGAAACUAUUCUUUCCCAGGAGUUUUGAUGGGAGCACUUACAUCUGAUUGGUUCGCAUUAUGUAAUAAUUGUACUAUAUUUGAAAACUUCAAGAAAUGUGAAAUUUGUUAUUACAAAAAGAAAUAUUAUAGCCAGACAAAUUUUUUUUUUUUUUUUUUCCUGGAACAUUUUUUUAUAAUUAAACCAUUGAAUUCUUGGUUGUUAUUGGUAUUUUUCACAGUAUGUUUAGAAUCUCAG